CGUCGCCCAAAAUCGAGAAGUAGGGAAAGGCUUCCAACGAAAGCCAAAGCUCACACAGUAGCGUCGUCGAGGGGCAUUACCGUAAUUGUGUAACGGAGACUCUAUUUUCCCACACCAAUAAACACUAAAAAUCGACUUUUAUUCCCCCCAAAAAAUCCCGAAAAUUCAGACCCUCAUCGCACUUCCCCGCCAUUUGCCUCACUUAACUUCUCUUCCAAAUCUAUUCCUCUCCCCAAAACUCUUCACCUCCCUCCCUCUCUCUCUCUCUCUCCAACAAAACCCUAAUUCCCUCCGAAAUACCCCUCGAUUUCCUCUUAUUUACAACCCCUGCCACUCCCCUCCGCCCUCCCUUCAUGCCCUUGCACCGCCGCUCGUCGCGCCCUCGCCGGUGAACCUACCGAUGAGCUAUCCGGUCAGUUCGAGCUCCGGCGCCGGUGCCAGUCACCAAGGCAUCCGGCUCUCCAAUACUACUCACUCCGAGGUCGCUCCUUGCUUGCCUUUGCCUUCUCUUCCAGUGUUCUGCGGCGCUUCCGAUCAGGACCUCCGGUUGUUCGAUGAGCCGAGUCGGAGCAGUGCGAGGUUGAAUUACUACGACGCCGCUCAGGCCAGUAGGAUUGCUGAUCUGCUUCGAGCUACUGACGUCUCGUACUUGAACCUGAGGGAGGAUACUGCGGCGGUUCAAUAUGGCUAUGUCCAACCUAUGGAACUUCACGAUGAAGUUUUACAGUACAAUCCAGAAGCCUUUCAGUAUACUACUCCAGGUCCUAUUAUGGGGCAAGUGCCUGGCAGUAGUACAGUACCAGAUAAGAAGCCCUUUGUGCCAAUUAUACCUAUAACAAGAACUUCUGAAAGAGAUUAUGGUGCAACUCACAAUAAUCAGCUCAACUAUACUCCCCCAAAUGACAUAUCUAUAGCAUCCUCCAGAAAACCAAAAGCAAAGAGAAAAGCUAGUGAUGGCGUUACUUCCUCAGUUGGGUCAGAUCCCGUUGCAAGUCAAGAAGCCACUGUUGGAUGCUUCUGUGAGUUGGUGGAGGAUUUUUGCGGCAGAGCUGAAAUUUUCAGUGAGGAUCGGGACGAAGCACAGUGGUUAUCUAUGCCUCUUUCUGAUCUUAGAAUGCUUGCAAAUGAAAUAAUGUCUCUUCGCGCAAAGAGGCUUCUACAUAUGGUUCCUGUAGAUACUUUUGUUAGAUUGUUAAGGAUUUUAGAUCAUCAGAUACAUGGAGCUGAAGGCUUGUCUAUAAAUGAACAGUCAGAUUCAAAUGGGGUUUCAUCAAUCAAUUGUGCACUAGAGUCCAUUCAUGCAGCUUUAGCAGUAAUGGCCCAUAACCAGAUGCCAAAGCAGCUGUAUAAAGAAGAGAUCAUUGAAAGAAUUCUGGAGUUCUCCAGGCAUCAGAUAAUGGAUGUUAUGUGUGCUUGCGAUCCAUCAUAUCGUGCUUUACAUAGGCCAAGUGAAAAUGGGACACUUGAAGUUGAGGAAGACGAAAUUCUUGAUGCUGAAACUGGUUCAGCAAGCAAGAGGCGGCGUAGUACUAAGACUGUUAAAGUGCAGAAAUCAUCAUAUAACAGGGUCUCUGCUGCUGUGAAUAAUAUUCUUCAGAAAAUGUGCACAAUUCUUGGUUUGCUAAAGGAUUUGUUGCUGAUAGAAAAGUUGUCAGAUAGUUGUAUCUUACAACUACUGAAAACAAGCUUUACUACAUUUAUGGUGGAUAAUAUCCAGCUUUUGCAACUGAAGGCAAUUGGUUUGAUCAGUGGGAUAUACUAUUCAUACACUCAACAUCGGACUUAUGUUAUAGAUGAGUUACUUCAGCUGCUUUGGAAGUUGCCUUUCUCGAAGCGAGCUUUGAGAUCCUAUCACCUACCUGAUGAAGAGCAAACGCAGAUUCAAAUGAUCACUGCUUUGCUGAUUCAAUUGGUUCACUGUAGUGCAAACCUUCCUGCACCUUUAAGGCAGGAUUCAAGUGUUAAUUCCAUCUUAGAAGUUUCUGACAAUGCUGAUUAUCCAAUUAAAGGCCUUGAGGCAGCACAAGCAGCAUGUUGUCACUUUUGGAAAGGGGUACUUCAGCGGUUUGCUAAUGUCAAGAACCAGGAAGCUUCAGAAUUCAAAGUUAUGAUGGAGAAUCUUGUUACUGAUCUGCUGACAACAUUGAAUUUACCUGAAUAUCCCGCUUCAGCCCCUAUUCUGGAGGUUCUUUGUGUCUUGUUACUCGCGAAUGCUGGGGUGAAAUCUAAAGAUGUAGCUGCACGUAGCAUGGCUAUCGAUCUUCUAGGAACCAUUGCUGCGAGGUUGAAGCGUGAUUCUCUCCUUCGCAGUAGGAGCAAAUUUUGGAUAUUACAGGAGUUGGUUAGUGGGGAUGCGGCUGAUCAGACUUAUCCAAAAGAUGUAUGUUCUGCUUGUUUAGAUGGCAGGGUUGAAAAGACUUUCUUUGUAUGUCAAGGUUGUCAGAGAAUGUUUCACGCAGAUUGCAUGGGAGUAAGAGAGCAUGAAGUUCCUAACCAAUCUUGGCACUGUCAGAUAUGUCUCUGCCGGAAACAACUUCUUGUUUUACAAUCUUACUGCAAGUCACAAUACAAAGAUGAUGGAUUUAAGGAUCAUAAAAGUUCAGGAAGAAAAACUGAAGUUACUUUUUCAAUUACUAAACUUGAGAUCGUCCAACAGUUGCUUUUGAAUUACCUACAAGAUACCGCAUCAGCUGAUGAUGUUCAUCUCUUUAUUCGUUGGCUUUAUGUCUGCUUGUGGUACAAGGAUGAUCCACCAAAGUCCCAGCAGAAGUUCAUUUACUAUCUUGCAAGACUGAACUCAAAAGCAAUAGUGCGGGAUUCUGGGACUGUUUUUUCCUUGCUGACAAGGGACUUAAUCAAGCAGAUUACCUUAGUAUUGGGACGAAAUACUUCUUUUGCCAGAGGAUUUGAUAAGAUUCUACACCUGCUUCUGGCAAGUCUAAGGGAGAAUUCUCCUGUAAUCAGGGCCAAGGCUUUACGAGCGGUUAGUAUAGUUGUAGAGGCUGAUCCGGAGGUUUUAGGAGACAAACGUGUGCAACCAGCUGUUGAAGGAAGGUUUUGUGAUUCCGCAAUUUCUGUUAGAGAAGCAGCACUGGAACUCGUAGGGAGGCAUAUUGCUUCCCAUCCUGAUGUUGGUUUGAAGUAUUUUGAGAAGGUUGCUGAGAGAAUCAAAGAUACGGGUGUGAGUGUUCGAAAGCGAUCUAUUAAAAUCAUACGAGAUAUGUGUGUUUCAAAUGGGGACUUCUCUGAAUUUACUAGUGCUUGCAUUGCUAUCAUCUCCCGUAUUGGUGACGACGAAUCAAGUAUACAGGAUCUUGUUUGCAAGACAUUUUAUGAGUUCUGGUUUGAGGAACAUACUGGUUCACAUACUCAAUUCUUUGGAGAUGAUAGCUCUGUUCCAUUGGAGGUGGCUAAAAAAACUGAACAGAUUGUUGAGAUGUUGAGGAGGAUGCCAACACCACACCAUCUUGUUACCGUCAUUAAACGCAACUUAGCCCUUGAUUUUUUCCCACAAGCAGCUAAAGCUGCGGGAAUCAAUCCCGUCUUACUUGCAUCAGUACGCAAUCGGUGUGAGCUAAUGUGCAAGUUUUUACUGGAAAGGAUAUUGCAGGUAGAAGAAAUGAAUAUCCAGGAAGUUGAGAUGUGUGCACUUCCAUAUGUGCAAGUUCUGCAUGCAUUUUGUGUUGUGGAUCCAACAUUAUGUGCACCGGUUUCUAACCCUUCGCAGUUUGUGGUCACUCUUCAGCCUUAUCUAAAGAGUCAGGAUGAUAAUCGAGUGGUUGCCAAGUUAUUGGAGAGCAUAAUAUUCAUAAUUGAUUCUGUCCUGCCUUUAGUAAGAAAGUUGCCACAAAAUGUUCUUGAAGAACUUGAACAAGACUUAAAGAGCAUGAUUGUUCGGCAUUCCUUCUUGUCAGUUGUUCAUGCUUGCAUCAAGUGCCUCUGUGCUGUGAGUAAAGUGGCAGGAAAAGGCGCUGCUGUUGUGGAGUAUCUAAUUCAGGUUUUUUACAAACGGCUGGAUGCUGAGGAAGUUGACAACCAGCAGAAAGCGGGGCGAUCUCUUUUCUGUCUUGGAAUGCUUAUCCGUUAUGGCAACUCUUUACUGUGUUACUCUGAUCAAACAAUUGAUGUUGCAAGCAGUCUCGGCUUAUUUAAAAGAUAUCUUCUAAUGGACGAUUUUUUCUUAAAGGCUAGAUCAUUGCAGGCAUUGGGCUUUGUGUUAAUUGCUAGGCCUGAAUUUAUGUUGGAAAAAGAUAUUGGGAAGAUAUUAGAGGAGACAUUCUCUUCUAGCUCUGAUGUUCGUCUCAAGAUGCAAGCUUUGCAAAACAUGUACGACUAUCUUCUUGAUGCUGAAACUCAAUUGGGAACGGAUACAACCAGUAAUAAUGUGGCUGAUUAUUCUGUGGAGGGUGGCAAUGCUGUACCUGUUGCUGCGGGUGCUGGAGAUACUAAUAUAUGUGGCGGAAUAGUUCAGUUGUAUUGGGAUAAUAUUCUGGAGAGAUGUUUGGACUUUAAUGAACAAAUUCGCAGCUCUGCCCUUAAGAUUGUUGAAGUUGUGCUGCGCCAAGGGCUUGUGCACCCUAUUACUUGUGUUCCAUUCCUCAUUGCACUGGAAACAGAUCCACUGGAGGCCAAUUCGACAUUAGCGCAUCAUUUGCUGAUGAAUAUGAAUGAAAAGUACCCUUCAUUUUUUGAAAGCCGACUAGGGGAUGGCCUUCAAAUGUCUUUUGGAUUUAUACAAUCCAUACGUCCAAGUACUGAACGUGAGAACACAAAACCACCAUCAAAGGCUUCUGGAAAUGCAAAGGGAAAAGUUGAUGAUGUUUCUUUUGCUCAAGCAAGAUUGGGAGUCUCUCGAAUCUACAAGCUUAUUCGUGCUAACCGUGUUUCAAGGAACAAAUUUAUGUCCUCAAUUGUUCGCAAGUUUGAUAAUCCUAUCUGGACCACUUCAGUAGUCCCUUUCCUCAUGUACUGCACGGAAAUACUUGCCUUGCUGCCAUUCACAACACCUGAUGAGCCCCUUUAUUUAGUCUAUGCUAUAAAUAGAGUAAUACAAGUUAAGGCUGGGCAACUUGAAGCAAAGCUGAAAGCUCUGACAUUGCAUCUGUUACAAAGAGGUGCACCCCGUGGGAAUGGCGUAAUUAAAGAGGACCCAGCUGCUCCGCCCUUUACAAGAGGAAUGGCAUCAGUGGAUUUGAAUGGGACAAUUGAACCAGAAUCAGCUUAUUACAUGGCAGCUAUGGAUUUGAAUGGGACGAUUGAACAAGACCCAGCUGAUCAGUCUGUCUCAAAUCAAGAUACCGUGUUAGAGGCAAAGAUGCACGGUAAAGGUUCUGUCAGUUCCUCUGGCAUCUCAAUAGAUGAUGUACAGAUAAUCCAGGCAGACUGCCUGGCAGCUAUUGCAUUGCAGCUUCUUUUGAAACUGAAGAGACACCUAAAAAUUGUGUAUAGCUUGAAUGAUGCUAGGUGCCAGGCUUUCUCUCCAACCGAUCCCAUUAAACCUGGAGAUGCUUUCUCCAAGCAGAGCAUUCCUUUUGACGUCAGUGACACACAUACUAACUUGCCUGGAACUUAUCAAGAAUUGGUACAAAGAUAUCAGGAAUUCAAGAAUGCGUUGAAGGAUGAUACAGUUGAUUUCUCAACUUACACAGCAAAUCUCAAAAGAAAACGUCCGGCCCCUAGGAAAGGAAGGAAAUCUGGAGUUAGAGAUGAUGAGGAUGACAAUGAUGAUGAUGAAGAUUGGUCAGGUGGGGCUCGGAGGCUGAGUUAUAGUGGGAGGAGAGGUGGCCACAGUAGAAGUCGACAACGAUAGUUGUAAGUAAAUGACAGGUAGACGUAGAAAUGCCCUAACUUGUACAUUUAGGAGAAAGGAAUAGAAAAUAGGAUAUAAUGAGCGGAAAGAAUAGAUUUCUGAGAACAGUAGAGAAAUCAGGUAGAGUAGUGCUUUCUCUUACUGUUUUUCUGUAUUUUGCCUGGGCAUGUAAUUUUUUGUCAAUGGUAUUCCGCGCCUGUAUAUUAUUAUUUUUAGGUUUCUUUUCUGGUGCUGUGACAUCUAAUGAAAACAGCAUCAUUGAUUCUUUGCUUUUUAUAAAUCUAGUCAUUGUUACUCAU